AUGGCAUCGGCUGCUGCCCCUCCUCCUCGCGGCCUCGCGCCGAACGCCUCUCUGCCCGCGAAAGUGCAGCCAAUUCCUCCCAACCAGACUCUAUACGUUACAAACCUCCCGUCAAGCAAGAUACAGAAAGCAGACCUGCGAACAGCACUGUACAUGCUCUUUUCAACCUUUGGACCGGUGCUCGAUAUCGUCGCCCUCAAGACAAUGGAGAUGCGCGGCCAAGCCCACAUUGUAUUUCGCGACAUCCAGGCAGCAACCCAAGCCAUGAGAUCAUUAGAUGGACAGUCAUUCUUGGGCCGCCCAAUGAAAAUCCAAUACGCCAAGUCCAAAUCGCAUUUCGUAGCGAAGCUCGAUGGCACGUUUAAAAUUCCCACAACGACCGGCGCUACCGUCGUGGAACAAACAGAGCUCCAGCAGAGUAUCUUUAACGCACCGCCACCUGGAUCAGCUUUCGAAAAGCCCACCGUACCGGCUGCCACCCAAGCUUCGAAGACCGACGAGACCGACGAGAACCGCGGCCAGAAGCGAACCCGCGACGAGGAGGAUGAGGAUAGCGAGGGCGAUGUGGCUAUGGAGGAAGAUAGCGACGAUGAAUGA